UUCAGUGGCUGCCACCACUAUUUCCUUUUCCGUUUCUUUCUUUUUCUGCCUGCAAACAGACCAGAAGAUGGCUGUCCGCUACGAGCUUGCAUUGGGUCUCAACCGAGGCCACAAGACCACCAAAGUCAAGAAUGUGAAAUACACCGGAGACAAAAAAGUCAAAGGUCUGCGUGGAUCUCGUUUGAAGAACAUUCAAACCCGCCACACUAAAUUCAUGCGCGAUUUGGUCCGUGAGGUUGUCGGCCAUGCCCCAUACGAGAAGCGCACCAUGGAAUUGUUGAAGGUGUCCAAGGAUAAGCGCGCCCUCAAGUUCCUGAAGCGUCGCUUGGGCACACACAUCCGUGCCAAGAGGAAGCGUGAGGAACUGUCCAACAUUCUCACCCAGCUCAGGAAGGCUCAGACCCACGCCAAGUAAAUAACACAUCCAGCAACAACAAAUCCGCGCAGCGAACUGUCGUGAAUUGUGUAUUUUUUUGUCGUGUGAAUCUAAGCAUUCUGAGGAAUCUUAAGGGAAAACAAAAUGAAAAAUUAUUAAAAACAAAAAACACUAAAAAAAAAACUAAAA